UCCGGGGGUGGGGGUUGAAGGGAGGAGGCGAACUGGAGAGGCCCCUUCCGGGGCGGGGACCGGCGGGAAGAUGGCGGCGCCCGUGGUGCGGAUCCAGAGCGACUGGGACCAGGUGUUGAGGAAGAAUGAGGAAGAGGCAUGGCUCAGCUGCAGGAGCCCAGGAAAGCCAACUUUGUACGGGACCCUUACUUGUCAAGGGGUGAACUCAGAUGGCGUUCCUGAAAUCAAGGCCUCUGAAGGAUUCGUUGUCAGUGAAAUCACUAAGAAAAGUCUGCUGGUUUCCUGCCCUCGUGAAAAUGCUUCCUCCAAGUUCCUGGCACCCUACACCACCUUCUGUAGAAUCCACAACAAAAGCGUCACCUGCCUUGACAUCUCUAGCGGUGGCGGGCUUGGGGUAUCCACCAGUGCGGACGGGACCAUGAAGAUCUGGCAAGCGGCCAAUGGGGAAAUAAGGAGACGCUUGGAAGGCCACGUGUACGACGUCAAUUGCUGCCGAUUUUUCCCAUCCGGCCUUGUUGUCCUGAGCGGGGGCAUGGACGCACAACUAAAGAUCUGGUCUGCCGAAAAUGGCAGCUGCGCUGCAACGUUUCAGGGUCACAAAGCAGGAAUCCUGGACGUCGCCAUUGUGGACCGAGGGAGGAACGUGGUCUCGAGCUCCCGAGAUGGCACCGCCCGCCUUUGGGAUUGUGGGAGAUCGGCGUGCCUGGGGCUGGUGGCGGACUGUGGGGCCCCCAUCAACGGAAUCGCCUUGGGGGAAGCUGACAACACCUUAAACUUGGACUCACCUGAAAAUAGACCCAGUGAGUAA